AUGCAGGCCGCUUUCACCACCGCCUACGGCGGUCCCGACAAGAUUGAGUACUCGGAGAACUUCUCCUUGGCCCAGCUCAAAUCCAACGACCAUGUUCUGAUUCAGGUGGCCAACUCCGCACUCAACCCCAUCGACGGUCUGCGUAACCGGGGCUACCUGCGUCUUCUCCAGCCCGACUCGCACCCCCAUAUCUUUGCUUAUGACGUUGCUGGCUUCGUGGCAGAGGUAGGCACAGCUGUCACCGCCUUCAAGAAGGGCGAUCGGGUGUACGCUCGAAUCGGCGAGUCUGAGCAAGGCACCACGGCUGGCUUUGUGUCCGUUCGAGACGCCCAUGUAGCCAUUGCGCCCAAGAACAAGCCUCUUCUUGAGACCGCUGGUAUUCCCCUGGUUGGACUUACCGUGCUGCAGAGCUUUGAAGCCGGUAAUCUGAAGCGGGGUCAGCGAAUCUUCAUCUCCAAGGGCGCCGGAGGAGUUGGUACUUUUGCCAUCCAGCUCGCUAAGCACGUCUACGGCGCCUACGUCAUUACCACUGCUUCCGAGAAGAAGAUUCCUCUUCUGAAGGAGCUCGGAGCCGACGAGGUGAUUGACUACCACAAGACCAACUUCUGGGACGUGGUCAAGGACGUGGAUUUCGCCUACGACGUUUCCGACCAGCCCUGGGCCCAUGCCAUGAUCACCAAGAAGGGUGGUGUCGUGGUUGCUCUCAGAGGUGUGCCUACUGCUCAGAGUGCCAAGAAUAUUCUCAGCACCGAGCCUGGCCUCAUUCUCUCGUAUGUGCUUGCUGCAGGCAACUUUCUGACCUCCCGGUUUGCCUGGUGGUACGGCACCAGGUACGAUGCUGUUUUUUGCGCUGCCAGCGGCAAGGAUCUGGCCCAGAUUGCAAAGUACAUUGAGGAGGGCAAGAUCAAGCCCAUUGUGGACUCAGUGUACGAUCUGCGAAACGCCAAGGAUGCCGUGGAGAAGCUGGAGAGUGGACGAGCCACCGGAAAGGUCAUCAUCAGUGUCGAUGACACCCUUGAUAAGGGCUUCAAGCUGCCUUAA